AUGGCCUUUGCGGGCUCCCUGCCCAGCUUCGCCACAAGUAGCUUGCAGAAACACGAUAAGGGAAAGUUUUCUGGCAGCACCAGCUCGCAGAGCACCGACACCCUGGCCCGCGAAGCGGACCUGUGCACGAGCAUCCUCGCCGAGCGGCGCCCACUGCACCACAGUGACCGCGAGGCGGGGCUGAUGCCGGACCCCCGCUACCUAGACGCGGCCGCCGCGGCUGCGGCUGCAGCCGUGGCCGCCGGCGCCGCCUGCGGCGGCGAGGGCCUCACCCCCCAGAUGCGCGCCGUCGUCGUGUCUUGGCUGGUCGAGGUCGCCGGCGAGUUCCGCCUGCAGCCCGAGACGCUGCACCUUUCCGUCGCGCUGCUCGACCGCUUCCUGUCGGCCGCUGCGCCGCACGGCGUGCCGCGCGGUGUGCUGCAGAUGGUGGCGGUCUCGUGCGUCAUGGUCGCCUGCAAGGGGCUCGAGGUGAGGCGGGGCACCCGGCCGGCUGGGCUGGCCGUGCUGCUGUGGCUCUGUGAGUAG